CAGCAUCAGACAGCGCAGUGUGACCAGACAAGCACAAGUGCACCAUUGGGUUAACAAAAAGACCUACUGUUUGUUUCUUCCAUGCCACGUGAAAGAAGGAAAAGAGAGAAUCAGAGAGGGGAUGGAGACAGAGGACGAUGGGCCAGUAAAACAGAAUAUAUUCUGGUUGCUGCAGGAAAUGUGGUUGGCUUGGGCAAUGUUUGGAGAUUUCCUUAUCUCUGCUACAAGAACGGAGGAGGUGCCUUUCUGGUGCCAUAUGGUCUGUUAGCUGUGGUGGUUGGGAUACCUCUGUUCCUACUGGAGAGUUUGGUUGGUCAGUACACCCAGGAAGGAUUCAUCACCUGUUGGAGGAAAUUGUGUCCACUGGCACAAGGAAUUGGAUAUGGACAUUUUGUGUUGAAAUUUUAUGACUUCAGCUACAUUAUUAUCCAAGUCUGGGCUCUCUUCUACCUGGUGUUCUCAUUCAGAUCCCAGCUCCCCUGGGCCACAUGUGACAACACUUGGAAUACAGCAAACUGUUUGGGCCUUCAGAUUUUGGAUUCUACGUCACCAAAUGUGACUGCAAAUCAGACCAUGUUGACCAACACCACCUCUGCUGCUACUGAGUUCUGGGAACGGAGAGUGCUGGCCAUGUCUGGAGGCAUUGAGGAGCUGGGCAGUGUGAGAUGGGAGCUGGCUUUGUGUCUUCUGGCCUGCUGGGUGUUCACGUACUUCAGUAUCUGGAAAAGUGUCAGAUCCUCUGCAAAGGUAGCAUACUUCACUGCCACCUUCCCCUACGUGAUGCUCCUGAUAUUGCUCAUCAGGGGAUUGACUCUACCUGGAGCUUGGGAAGGGAUCUACUACUACCUGUAUCCAGAUUUGAACAGCCUGGCAAACCUUGAGGUCUGGAUAGAGGUAGGAUCUCAAAUAUGCUUCUCCUACAGCCUGACCGCAGGAACUGUCAAUGUUUUGAGCAGCUAUAAUGACUACAAGAACAACUGCUACAAGGACUGUUUCUGGCUCUGUCUGCUGAACAGUGGGACCAGUUUUGUUGCUGGAUUUGUUGUCUUCUCUGUACUUGGAUUCAUGGCUCAGAAACAGGGUGUUACUGUCGACGCUGUGGCUGAGUCUGGUCCAGGUUUGGCCUUCAUUGCUUACCCACAGGCAACAGCUUUGAUGCCUUUACCACAGUUCUGGACUGUCUGCUUUUUCCUGAUGAUGAUUUUCCUCAGUGUUGACACACAUUUUGUGACAGUUGAGUGUUUUGUCACCUCAGUUAGCGACUUGUUUCCGAAGCUGUUUCGUAAACCAGGAAGACAGGAGAUCUUUGUCCUCGUUGUUUGUUCAUCCUUCUUCUUCAUACAUCUGACUUUGGUCACUGAGGGAGGGGUUUACAUCUUCCAGCUUAUUGAUUAUUAUGCUUAUACUGGAGUUUUUUAUUAUUUCAUGGCUUUGGAGUGCCUGGCUCUGGCUUGGGGUUUUGGUGCUAACCGUGUUAUUAACAUCAUUGAGGACAUGACUGGACACAGACCAUCUGUUUUCUUCAAACUGUGCUGGAGAUACAUCAUUCCUCUGCUGUCACUGAUUUCCUUUAUCAUGUACCUAGUUGAUUACACACACCUCAGGAUUAAGGACAGGUACGUUUACCCUGACUGGGCCUACGCUCUAGGCUUGACCAUGGCACUCUCCUCUGUUCUCAUGGUGCCACUGUGGGCAGCUGGACAGAUGUGUUUGACAGCAGGCACCAUCAGACAGCGUUUGUCUGUCCUUUGUCAUCCCGUCGAAGAUCCAGUCUCACAGAGGAAAAAAAUGGAAGAGGAUGGGAUACAUGUGGAGCUGAGGACGUCUGGAGAGACAAUUUAUUGCCAUCUAGAAAUGUCUCAUAACCUAGACACUUCAUCUGUCAUUAUUUAAAGAGGACCUAUUAUGCUCAUUUCCAGCUCUAUAUUUUUAUUUUUGGACUCCACUAGAGUAGCUUUGC